GUGGGCUUCAAGGAGACGCACCUGUGGAGAACUUGUUGCCCUUCAUGCGGAUUAUGUCCCCCACACGCCGGAAGAGCAGGACGUCGUCAUCAUCAGUGGGUCUUGUCAGGAUGAAGAAGGGCGAACUUUUAUUCCUACGAGGACUGGAUUACAAGUGAAACCAAAAAAAAAAAAAACGUCUUCAUGUUAUACCACACCCAAUCAUGUCAGACGGCGGGAAGACCAUGAGGCAAAAGUGAUGGAGGUCGCGGGUCAAGCGGAGCCCACCGAUCCGGUGAACGCCUCCAACAUCAGCCUGCCGGAGGACGCGGGCUCCGGCGCGCACAGCCUCGCCUACCAGAUCAGCCUGGCGUCCCUCCUGUCCGCCAUCACGCUGGCCACCAGCCUCUCCAACGCCUUCGUCAUCGCCACCAUCUCCCAGUCCAACAAGCUCCAGACGCCCGCCAACUUCCUCAUCGCCUCACUGGCGCUCACCGACCUGCUGGUGUCCAUCCUGGUCAUGCCCGUCUGCGUCCUCUACACGGUCACCCACGAGUGGACGCUGGGCCAGGUGGUUUGCGACGUGUGGCUCUCGUCGGACAUCACCUGCUGCACGGCGUCCAUCCUCCACCUGUGCGUCAUUGCCCUGGACCGCUACUGGGCCAUCACGGACGCGGUGGAGUACUCCAAGAAGCGCACGCCGGGACGCGCCGCCGGCAUGGUGGCCACCGCCUGGGUGAUCGCCAUCUCCAUCUCGCUGCCGCCGCUCUUCUGGCGGCAGGUGAAGGCGGACGAGCUGACGAGCUGCGGCGUCAACACGGACCACAUCUUCUACACCAUCUACUCCACCUUCGGCGCCUUCUACAUCCCCACCCUGCUGCUCAUCGUCCUCUACGGGCGCAUCUACGUGGAGGCGCGCCAGCGCAUCCUCAAGCAGUCGCCCCGGCGGAAGAAGAAGAAGGCGGCCGGCAAGAGGCUGACCUCGGCGUACUUGGCGACGAACUCGCCGGGCUCCAACGCCUCCACCAGCCCCCUGCAGGCGGGGCGGCUGCAGGACGCGCCCUCCAGCGACACCAACUCGUCCACCAGCGAGAACCAGGUGAAGGUCACCCUGUCCGACGCGGCUCUGGAGAAGAAGCGCAUCUCCGCGGCCAGGGAGAGGAAGGCCACCAAGACCUUGGGCAUCAUCCUGGGGGCUUACAUCGUCUGCUGGCUGCCCUUCUUCAUCUACACGCUGGUGGUGGCCACCUGUGACGGCUGCGACCUGCCCGAGCUCUUUGACUUCUUCACCUGGCUGGGCUACCUGAACUCCCUCAUCAACCCCAUCAUCUACACCAUGUCCAACGAGGACUUCAAGAAGGCUUUCCACAAACUGGUGCGCUUCAGGUGCUGCAGGGGGUGAUCCCUUUCAAAUGUUUCAUUUAUUUGAGGGGGGAAAAAAAGUAAAUAUUACAAUGACACAAGGACACAAACCCAAUGUUUUAUUGAUUAAAGCUCCUAUGUCUUAGAUAUGGCUGUGCUAAAAACAAACAAAAAAAAGAAUUAAUUGCAACAUUAUGACCACAUACUGCACAAUCUAAUCAAGCUUUAUUGUCAUGCUUUAUUUUAAUUUUAUUUUUUUGACAUCCAGUGCAAGAGUUAAACCGACUGAGUUUGUUAAAGGGUGUUUAAUCUGAAUUUUGUUUUGUUUUUUUUGUUAUUGUGCAGCUGCCAAAGACCACAGCAGAAUGCAAACAUAUUUCUUUUUGAAAAAAAAAACCCUUUAAAAUGAUAUUUUAUGUAUAUUUUUAUUAUUUACAAUGUUUUCAUUUAUUAUUCUCACUAUUAUUGUAUUAUAUUUUCUACUCAUUUAUCUUUAAUUUAAUUUAUUUCUAUUUUUUUCUAUAUGUGUUUUCUUAAAGCUGUAAAUUUUAUAUUUUUUAAAAAUAAUAAUAUUAUGUAAUAAUGAUAAUAGUUUCGAUUUAUCUUGCACUUUUUGUUAACAUGAU